UUAGUGAAAAAUAAAUUAAUUCUGAAAUCUAAUAAAAGACUCUCAAGCCACUGUGAUUACAGCUGGAAUAAAUAAAUAAAAUUUAAAAAUGUAUAAAGCCUUGAAAGAAUACGACAGUUUAGUAUUAGUAGUUCCAAACCAAAGCAUCAUGCAAUCAAAUAACAAGAUUUGCAACGGUAACAAACCAGAACCUGGGCUUAGGGCUACCAUAUGGGCCACGUGAAGAAUGCCAACUCAGCAUCAUUCCCUUCCUAUGCUAUAUAUAUGCGCAUCCCCCUAGUCAAAAUUCCACACUUCACUUCGUUUGAUCGAGACUUGGCAUUUGAUUUAGGGUUCUCAUCUCUGUAGCCCUAAACUUUUUUUAUUUUUCUGUUUCUCUUCUCUUUGUUUGAUCAAUUAGUUUCUAUGGCGCCUAAUAAUAUUCCUAUGGGUUUCAAGUUUCGUCCAAGUGAUGAAGAAUUGUUGGGAUAUUAUCUUCUUAACAAGGUUCGUGGCUCAUCGUUUAAGUAUGAAAAUGUUAUUCCGGAAUUUGAUCUUUACGGUCGAAUAGAGCCGUGGGAUGUAUGGAACCAAUUUGGCGGAAACAAAUUAGAAGAUGGUGACGACCUUUAUUUCUUCACCAAAUUGAAGAGCUCGAGUGCCAAGAAUACCCGCAUGGCUCGCACCAUAGGAUCUGGGUCAUGGAAAGCUGAGAAUUCUGGAAAAAAGGUCCCUGAUCCAAAGGAUAAGAAGAACGAUUUAGGUAUGUGGAAAAGGUUACAUUAUGAAAACCCUAAAUCGGAUCAAAACGGUUGCUGGAUCAUGCACGAGUACAGCCUUCGCCCUUCGUUGGUGAAGCCCAAACCAAACUCAACUCAUCGGUUUGUGGUCUGCCGGAUUCGAAAGAACCACAUGAGGAAGAGAAAGUUUACGUCGACAGCUGCAAAAGAAACUCAUGGCAUUCCAUCUCUACAAUCUCAAAAUAAGAAGCAGAGGCAACAAGAGACUAGCUUUGACGAAUAUUUAAUUGGAAACUCCACUCCCAUGUCUCAGGCUAUCGGAGGAGGGCCCACUGAGACUCAAUCUCCGCAAGACUGCCCUUUUUUUGCAUACCCAAUAACCAUGGUUGAUGAUGCCAUCCAAUUUCAUGGUGAUGUUCUAAUGGGAGGUUUCUCACCUUUGGUGGACAGCGCACAAUCAUUCACGGAACAAGCAGACUUCGGAUCAUAUAACCAAGAGAGGACAGAAUGUAUUAUUGAAUUUGAUGAGACUCAUGCUACUCAACAAGGCCUCACUGACAACAAUAUUGGAGCUGCGGCAACAGAAGAAACAGACUGUCAAUUUGGUAGUGAAAACAGCCAGCCCGAUAAUGUCGACUUCUCGAUUGAUUAUGGUUGGCUCCACCACUUGAUCCAGGUUGAUGAUGAUGAUGUUACUACAGCCACACCAUCGGGAUCACAAAGCAUCCACCAGUCUGCAGUUAAUGAUGAAGAGAGGCCAGCAUAUGAUCCAUCCUCCCAAUCACUCACCACUGAGUCUGCACUUGAAUUUGGGAUGUCAUCAGAAAAUCAAACUGGUGCUCAACUUGGAGUUGGUACUGAAAGUGCUCAAGUCAAUGCGUCAGAGUUCCAGGUUCACAAUGAAGAUAUGCUCGAUUUCCUGAACACUGCUACUUUUGAUCAACUGGUGGACUUGUUCCAGUUUCCUGAUGAUGAUGAUGAUGAUGAAGUGCAAGCUUUCACCACAGAGUCAUCGGUUAUGGGAAUAAUGGGGUAGUGAGAUGUGGAACAUGUAGAUUUAGCAGUUAAUUUCCACAUUUGUGAGAUCAAUGUAACUCUGUUUUUUGCUACAUGGAUAUAUAUAUAUUAGAAAUUCUGACUCAGAUUCUUCCUGCAGUGAUAUGAAUUAGAAUUUCAUUUCCCAAGCUCUAGCCUUUUGCCUACCCUUAAUUCUUUUUCCUAGAUAUUUUUGUUAGAAAUGGAAAGAAUAAUUUAAGAAAGCCUAACCAGAAAAUUUAAGCUUCAAUCAGUUUUCAUGACAACUUUUGACCAAAUUAAACUUCCAUUCAGCAAACAAGUGAUAACUUUUAACACUAGAACACUUCUAACAUGUUACAUACAUGCAUUCAUUUGAUAAAGACAAAUUGAUGCCGGCCUACAGUUCUCCAAAUGGUUAUGAUCAUGAACCACAUUUACAAUAGAUCAAACAAACCAGUCCAUGCAUGUAAGUAAAUUGUUUACUUGAUAAGUUGGUAAACAUUCAUUGAGCAGUGAUACUCAACAAACUACUUUCAAAUAUGAUGAGAAAUAGUAAUGCAUGUAAGAGAAUGCAAGUUAUAAAUGAUUCUGCUGAUUCCUUUUCUUUAGGUUUACUCUCGAGGGUCUUCAGGUCCUUCAUAUUCAUAAAACUCAAUGACUCGCCCAUCAUAUGCCUGUCAAAGAAAAGGCUGCCAAUUUGAAAAUCUAGGAUAUGGGAAAGCUUUUGGUAACUAGGGUUGAACUUGAUCCCUUUAA